UCAUACAUCUCAUGCCACCACUGUGCCGACCACGGUGGCCGGAAGCCAGGAUGAGGAUGUGUCUAGUUAUGGAGAAGGAGGAGCUGGAAGGGAUCGGGCGAUGGAGAGGAUGGCGGAGCAGUUGCGCCAGUUGCAGGACAAGGUGGAGGGUAGACCAGAGAGGAGAGCUCGAGGACACUCCUUUUCGAGGGAGAUUCUCGCUGCUCCUUUGCUAAAUAAUUUCAAGAAGACCAACUUGGUGUAUGAUGGGUCAUCUGACCCGUCGAGACAUGUGAGGACCUUCGAAAAUAUGGCGGUGUUGCAUGGAUAUUUUGAUUCUGUUUGUUGCAGGGCAUUUUUAUCGACCCUACGUGGAGGAGCGCUCGAUUGGUUUCAUCAGCUUCCCCCUGGGUCAGUCGCGAGCUUUGAGGACUUUACUGGCAAGCUUAUUAAUCAAUGCUUGAGCGCGGUGGUGCAGGAAACGUAUUUGACUUUGAUGGCAAUGAGGCAGAGGGAGAAGAAGUCACUGAGGAAGUAUGUUGCUCGAUAUAACCAAAC